CCCGCGCUGGCGUCCUGACUCCGCCAACACCGCCCACAGGAGCGCGUGAUGCACGAGGAGCACCUGCGGCAGGUGGAGGCCCAGCUGGACUACCUGGCUCCGUUCCUGGCCCAGCUCCCACCGGGAGAGAAGCUGACGCGCUGGCAGGCCAUGCGGGUCAAGGACGAGUGCCUCAGUGACUUCAAGCAGCGGCUCAUCGACAAGGCCAACCUCAUCCAGGCCCGUUUUGAGAAGGAGACCCAGGAGCUGCAGAAGAAGCAGCAGUGGUACCAGGAGAACCAGGUGACCUUGACGGCCGAGGACGAGGACUGGUACCUGAGUUACUGCUCUCAGGCCAUGUUCCGCAUCCGCAUCCUGGAACAGCGGCUCAACCGCCACAAGGAGCUGGCCCCACUCAAGUACCUGGCUCUGGAGGAAAAGCUCCACAAGGACCCACGCCUGGUGGAGUUCCUGAAAGUCUUUGUUUGAUGCUUGGCCGAAGCUGCCAGAGCAAGAACCCGCCCCCACGGCCUGGCCCCUGUGCGCUCUACAGCCAGCGAUGACCUUUCCCUCCGGUGCCCGACCUCACCGCCACCCCGCCUCCCAGCAGCCCUGUCUCUCCUGCUUCUUAUGACUUUCCUGUAAAUAAACACACUUUUCUUUC